UAACACUUUCACCCGAAGUUCCUGUCGCUGGACAAAAGGAAGAAGUUACGAUUUCCGGAAAAUUUGCGGAAGAUAUCACCGAAAGUACCGAAAUUGCGAUUGCAUUUGUUGAUAUGGGUCGAACUCCCUUAGCAGAUCCAGCUAAAUUUCCUGCUUGUACUGGAAGUGGAUGUUCAAUUAAAGCUGGUGAGCAGUAUACCAAAACGGUAGAAAUUCAAGCACCAGAUAGUAUACCUAAUUUGUCCUUUUUGAUGAUUGCUAUGGGUAAUUCAAAUACUGAUGUUAUAGGCUGUGCAUAUGCCGAAGUUUAA